AUGGCGGUUUUUGACAUAUCUCCAACUCCAUUGGAAGUAGCUGAUUCACCUACAACGGAAUCUGAGAUAGAGCUUGCUCACCAUUUGCAUAAAGAGUAUAUUCUUGCUUGCCCUAAAAAGCCGAGUCCCAAAUGCGAAGAUGAGAUUUUCAACAACAUGUUGGAUGAGACGACGCCAGUGACAGAUGAAUGUUGUCGUGAUGUUUUGAAUACUGGCAAAGAUUGCCACCUUGCAAUGGUAAAAAUCAUAUUCUCUACAUAUGACUAUAAAAAUAUUGCAUCUAAGGCUAUUCCAAAAAGUAAACAGGCAUGGAACGAUUGUAUCCGUAGAGUUGGCAACACGAUUGGUGCUCCGGUCUCUUUCGAGCCGUAAACUAAUAUUCUCACGUGC